CACGCUGCUGCACCAGCUGGACGUCUCGGUCAGUAGCUGUUAGCUCGGGGAAGCAGGAAGGUUCAGUCCUGCGGAGCCGCCGCGUUUCCUCACUUUAACUUUUAAAUCCGCGUCGAACGGCCGCUAACAGAAGCUAACAGAAGCUAGCAGCCGCUAAUAGAGGCUAACGGAGGCUAACGGAGGCUAACGGAGGCGCUGCAGCGGCUCGGGAGGCUCCUGAGGACUGAGGCUGUUUCCCGCAGCCAGCGGCUCUUCCAGCGGAAGGAUUUCCUAGUUCCCCGUCGUCAGAGAUGUGAAGCUGGGAGUUGGAGGGGAGCUGCCACUCAAACCAGGACGUCAGCGCCGCCAGCCAAUCAGCACACAGUGUGGAGGUGUGUUAUGUCGGUACGUCACCCAGCAGGAGGUGCUGUUGAGGGCUCAUGCCACCUCGGGCGGUGGUAACCAUGGCAACACGGGCAGCGGCCGCCUUCCGUUAGGCGUCAUCUCCACCAACACGCUUCGCCUCGGCGGUGGCGGCAACGUCGGUAACAUGAACGGCGGCGCGGCAACACAGCGACUGAAAGGCUCCGCCUCUCCCGCCUUCUCCUACCCCCUGCUCCUCCCCCCUCUGGGCUGCGAAAACCAGGAGGCGCUUGGCCUUUACCAGGCGGCGGCGGAGGACGGCGAAGCCCCGCUGGACAUCUGGGCCGUCAUCCGACCCGGAAACGUCCAGGAGAAGAUCGCCAUCUUCGCUUCGGAAGGCAGAGCUAACGCCACGGGGGGAAACGAGCACGGCGGCGCUCGUGGCCCCGACGGCAGGAACAGCGGUUCUCAGGCCGUGAGCUCCGACCCGGCCACGGGGGGCGGGCCGCCGCGGGCCGCCAAGUUCAAGGGAGGGUGGGACGAAAACUCCAUCGCCAAGCGCCGCAGAAAGUCUGGGAAACAGAACCUCCAGCAGGACCAGAGAGCCCGGCUCCUGGACGCCCAGCAGCACAGACCCGCCCCUCUCUGCGCCGGCCCGCCGGGGGAGGAGGGGCAGCGCGGCGGCGAGGCGGAGCAGCAGCAGCAGCAGGAGGAGGAGGAGGAGGAGUUGAAGGCGGUGUCGGUGGUGGAGAUGGUCGCAUUCCUGGAGCAGAGAGCUGAGCGUCCCGACAAGCCGCUGCUCGCCCCGCACAGGAGCUCCGCCUCCAUCACGUUGUCCUGCACGCACAGCCGGCAGGGGGCGGAGCUCCGGCCCGGCGGGGAGGAGGAGCCGGAGAGCGUGCGGGUGUCAGACAUGGUGGCCCGGCUGGAGUCGGCGUGCCUGCAGAGGAGGACUGUGGGAGAUCUGUCCCGCAGCAGCAGCCUGAGGAGGACGGCGGGCCGCGUGCUGCUGGCCGGGGCCCAGCCCGGCUCCGCCCCCGGCUCCGCCCCCGGCUCCGCCCCCUGCUCGCCCUCUUCUCCGGCCCCUUCGUCAUCAUCAUCACCAACGACAUCAUCAUCCUCACUGCCUGAAGGCCAGAGUACGAGCCGCUCCGCAGGACGACCUGCCACAGAGUCCUGGAGCUGCCCCCAGGCCACGCCCCCCUGCCUGACCACACCCCCCUGCCUGACCACGCCCAGUACAGAUGAGUCCAGUUGUGAGGCUCCAGAGGCUGCAGGGCGGAGCCAGGUGAUGGAGACAGAAACGAUGCCAGAGCUAACACAGACUGACACCCGGAGCCACGCCCCCUCUCAGAGCCACGCCCCCUCUCAGAGCCACGCCCCCUCCCCACCCGGCGCAGCGUCUCCCUGGCAGGCUGAGCAGGAGGAGCCGCCUCCCGGCAUGUUGUUUUUCUCAGAGCCACGCCCACUCCUGCAGACACGCUCUGCCCCGCCCCCUGCUCCCAGCACACACCCCGCCCCGCGUCCGACCUCCGACCCCGCCCCUGCCGGCCGUCUCUCUGGGCCAGACGAAGCGGUGAGUGGGGCGGAGCCGCAGAGGGAGGAGGCGGAGUCGGGGGCGAGCCCCGGCUGUGCGGCGGCAGGGGCGGGGGCGGGGCGGCGUGCGUCGGUGUCACAGGACUUCCUGGAGCUGCGUCUGAAGCUGCAGCAGCUGCUGGAGCCGCAGCCGUACCUGGCCGUGCUGCCGCACCACCUGCUGCUGCACAUCCUGCGCCUGCUGCCCACCCAGAGCCUCGCCGCGCUCAAGUGCACCUGCCGCUACUUCAAGUUCAUCAUCGAGACGUACGGCGUGCGGCCCGCCGACUCCCGCUGGGUGUCCGACCCCCGUUACCGUGACGACCCCUGCAAGCAGUGCAAGAAGCGGUACGGGCGCGGCGACGUGUCGCUGUGCCGCUGGCACCACAAGCCGUACUGCCAGGCGCUGCCGUACGGCCCCGGCUACUGGAUGUGUUGCCACGGCGCCCGCAGGGACACGCCCGGCUGCAACGUCGGUCUCCAUGACAACCACUGGGUGCCCGCCUUCCACAGCAUCAACGUGCCCAUCUACAGGAGGAGCCGCGAGCCCGACGACUGACUGUGUGUGUGUGUGUGUGUGUGUGUGUGUGUGUGUGCGCGUGCCUUGUUGCCAUAAGUGCAUGUUUGGGUUUGGGGAGUUUUACUGACCGGGCGGCAGACUGCCCCGCCCUCCCGCUGCUCUCAGCCAAUCAGCAGCUAGUUCCUGCUCUGGUUCGUUAAUGUUAAUGAGCUUCAGACUCCGCCUCCGCAAGACAGGAAAUGGAAAUCCCGGCCAGGAUUCCACUUCCUGUUUCAGGGGCUCUCGGCACAGGGAGGUCAGAGGUCAAAGCUGUCCAGAGAACCUGGUGAACAGGAAGUGAUGACAGCGUCAGGAUGCACGCUGACAUCACAGUGACAUCAUCACAUCCUGUGACAGUUAGUUCAGUUUCCUCGGAGCAUCGCGGCGCCAUCUGGUGGCGAGCGGUGGCGGCGGCGGCGCAGGAUGGCGGUCAGCCGGCCCGGUCCAGCUGGGAGUCACAUGAUAAUCUACUUGAUGUGUGUGCACCUUGUUUGUGUUUACAUUGGACAGAGGGGGCGGAGCCUGUGGGCGUCUCUCUGCCAGGUUUUAUCUGCGGCGGCUGAUAAUCUCUGAUAAUCUCAGAAUGUUUGUGCUGUUAUCUUUAUUUUUAUUCUCUGAUGUUUUUGGAGGGAAAAGAGGAGCCGUUGCCUUUAUGAGCUGAUGCAAUACGACCCGACUGUAGAGAUUUAAAAAAAAAAAAAGAGAGAAUAUGAUGAGUGACGAGUCUCUUUGGGCUGUUUUUGGUUUUUUGUUUUAAGGUUUUUUCUUCUUUCUCCUGUCAGGACUUUGGCUUCAAUAAAGUGCUUUCUCGUUGGGUUUUGUUACAGUUCAGACUCGACUCUUCUUCUCUUGGGUUUUUCUCACGUUUCGACGCUUCAGGCCUCAGACUGUCUGAGCUCACAGCCUCUCAGUCCUGCUGAGUUACAAAUGAAGAGGAAAAAAUAAAAGAUAUUUUCUAUUUC